AUGACAUGUGUUCUUGGAGGAACGCUGCUGAUGAUGGUAUUGACGAUGAUGAGAUUGCUUGGAGACGAGCUUCAGGAAGUACUGAAUCAACAGGCACAGGCCCGACCAAUGAUCACACCCGAGGAACAAAAGAAGGGCACGGAUCUGGACAGCGUUGUCUUUAUGACGUAUAAUGUUGGUGCGCGGAUCAUUUCAGGUUUUGCAACGCGAGCCGAUUCUGCACCGCGAGCUGCGACAGCGUUUCGAUUCCCACUUGGUGCGCUAGUGCCCUUUGGAUUUUAUAUGUACGUUGACGGCACGUUCACCUUUCCUUGGAGCAUAUCUACAUUGUAUAGCGAGAUAUUUGACAAGAUGACCGCUGGCAGUGGUUGCUUCUCAUUCUGGUAUCAUUGGCUAAAAUCAACUGUCGUCACAACGCCCCCGCUCACAGUAUAUCUCCGCCAGUACUCCCCACCAACAGUUCAUGAUCCUCAGGUUAUGUUUGAAGCGAGCGGCGAAAGUAGUGAAUUCUGGAGAAGAGGUCAGUUUGACGUUGAAUCGCCAACCGAUUUCCAGAUUUUGUUCCAAGCAAGCUUGCCUAGCACUGAUGACUUUGCUAUAGACGAUACAGUUCUCACCACAUCACCAUGCGAAGAGCCUAAUUUGUGGGACUGUACGUUCGAGGACGGUGAAUGUGGAUAUACACAAGUUGAUGAUGAUGAAUUUGACUGGUCACCUAAAAGUGGAGACACCUCAUCAAGUCUUACAGGGCCCUCCUUUGACCACACACUAGGAACAUCGAAAGGAUAUUACAUGUAUUUGGAAACGUCACAAGGACAGACAGGGAACAGCGCUAGACUUGCUAGCACCUUUGCACCUCCGGGAAAAUACUGCAUUAGUUUCUGGUUCCACAUGUUUGGCCAGACGAUUGGAUCUCUAAACGUAUACCUUCAAAGGAACGAGUCGGCUCUGGACCUGCCGGUCUGGACCAGAACCAGUUCUAGUGGAAAUCGCUGGAUGGAAGCAUAUGUCGAUGUGGUGGACAUUUAUACAUUUCGGGUCGUUUACGAAGCAGUCCGUGGGAGUAGUUUUACUGGAGACAUAGCAAUCGAUGACGUUGGUAUGACGGAAGGUGAAUGUCCAGGGACUCAGGCGUGUGAUUUUCAACACGAUGAUAUAUGCGGGUAUCAACAGGAACUAAGCAGGGAUGAUUUUGAUUGGAAACAAGGCUCUGGAAGUACCCUCUCAGCAGGAACAGGUCCAACAACAGAUCAUACGUAUGGGACUACAUACGGCAAGUACGUGUACAUUGAUUCAUCUGAACAGAAUCCAAGCGAUAGGGCGCAGCUGUAUACCAAGAUAACUGAUCCAGAUCCAAGCGGGUUUGCGUGUUGGAAAUUCUAUUACCACAUGAAUGGUGUUGGCGUUGAUACACUACGAAUUCUGUCUGACAUUGAUGGAACACAAACUGAACUAUUAACUUUGGUUGGUAACCGUGGAAACAAAUGGUUUUCAACACACGCUGAAGUUGAGGCUUUAUCAAGAUAUCGUGUAGUAUUCGAAGCAUCAGUAGGCAACACCAAAGAAACAGGGGAUAUAGCAAUCGAUGAUGUUGAUUUCCGAGGUGGCGUCUGCGGUCAUGAAUUGUCAUGCACCUUUGAGAGUGAUCUUUGUCUCUGGGAAAAUGUUGCUUACGGGGACAGUUCAGACUGGCAACGGAUCUCUGGGUUGACGGUUACAAGUACUACAGGGCCCAACGUUGACCAUACUACUGCGACAGAAUCAGAUCAAGGAGCGAGAUGA